AUGUCUUCCAGCCCGGCCUCCUCCUCUGUCGGCAGCGGCACCGCCAGGAGGGCGAACAUCCAGGGAGGCCCGCUUGAGAACACGUUGCAUGUCAAAAACAAAAGUGAAAGUGUUGCAGUCACAAGGAGGGAUCGCGUAUUUUUCUGCAAGACGGACAUGUCUGAGGCUUUGUCUCCAAAUAAUCCAUCGAAUUCCGACAUGGAACAAGAAGCGAAGACAAGUGAGACAAAUUCACCCACAGACACAGCCAUGGACCUGGAGUCUGAUGAGGGGACAUCUACCUCUGCAGACAAAUCAGUUGUAAAUUCAGAUGCACCCACUGGCCAGAAUGAGGAGUCAGAUUCACCCACAGACAUGGACCUGGAGUCUGAUGAGGGGACAUCUACCUCUGCAGACACAUCAGGAGCACCCACUGGCCAGAAUGAGGAGUCAAAUUCUUCAACAGCACCCAAAGACACAGUGGGUGCCUUGCAGGACUCCUCAGGAACUGUUCAGAUGGAGGGAAAGAAUAAUGAUGAAAACCAGGAAGAGAGCGACUGGGAGAUACUUCCCUCUCCCAACGAUUCACGAGUUGGAACGGACCACAGAAAGGCCUUGGACAACCUUCCAGAGAGAAAAAACUUCUACGUCCACCUGGCGGGAAAGACUAAUGAUGCACAUCAAGACAUUGUCAGAAUGUUUACCAACAUCAGACAAAACCAGGUGUCCUCUCCUGGAGCGAGCGACUACCUGCUGGUUUUCUGUCCCAUCGCUUCAAAAGUUGGAACGGACAUCAGCGAGGCCUUGGACAACCUUCCAGAUAGGAAUAAACAGGUGAUGCUGGUGGUGAUGCAUCACACCUUCCAACCAGAGCAUGUUGUAAUUCCAAGCAGUCAACAGGUGGACAACCCCAACGUCUUCCUGACUGUGGACGUUCUGUUCUACAACCAUGAACUCCUGAAGUGUCCUCGCAAUGACAAUGCAUGGUCUGAGAUCCAGAAGGCUCUGGCAUAUUCCCCUCCAGAGAUCUUUCUUUCUUUCUUUCCUUGUCCCCGGUGGCUCCGGCAGCUCUCGUAA